AUGCCCAAGACGAAGGUCAGUUCCACUGAGGGGGUGGUGAAGGAGGAGCCCAAGAGGAGAUCCACAAGGUUGUCAACUAAACAUGUUCCUGAAAAAGUGGAAACCAAACCAAAAAUGGCGGCAGGAAAGGAUAAAUCUGAAGACAAAAAAGUGCAAACAAAAGGGAAAAGGGGAGCAAAGGGAAAACAGGCCGAAGUGGCUAACCAGGAUCCUAAGGAAGAUCUAGCUGCAGAAAAUGGAGAAACUAAAAAUGAGGAUAGUCCAGCCUCAGAUGAAGCAGGAAAAAAAGAAGCCAAGUCUGAUUAA